AUGUAUUUGUGGAAUCGCCUUGUGCAAGAUGUUCCAAUGCCGGCAGAGCCAGGCUGGUGCAUUCCCAGUGCCAUAUGGUUGAACGCCACGGACGAAUGCUGCCGAUACCCUAACGAUACCCUUGCCUGUUUUCAAAGUGCCAAGAUACAAAAAUGCUUACGACCUAUGUACUUGUUUGACAUGCCGCAAAGUGUGCGAUGUCGAGAAACGUGUGACGCAGGUGUGUGUGCUGUACCAGAUCCUCAUGCGCCUGCUUUGGUGCGGGUGGGUAUAGAUUAUGGUGCAAUGACGGGUCUUGUCGUGUUGCGAGGGCCUUUUCGUGGACUGUCUCAAUCGAUGCACGUGUCUACGCAUACACUCCGAGCACCAUGGUCAUUCCUUAUACCACCUGCAUGGGUUGAUGCAUUGUUGAUGUCUAUGACCUAUGUAUUUCAACUCGUGUUGGUUGUAAAUUCCGCCCUGCUGGUACUUAACAUGCUCCCUAUACCUACUCUCGAUGGAAGUCUAUACCUUCGACUGUGCUUGCAACAGCUGUAUAUUUUUUGGUCCGACACGAAUGGACGCGGCAGUCUGAGCUCUUGUGACAUUGAGGAUCCUGGAGAGGCUGUGCCAGCCUACUCACUGCACCGCCUUGACUACAUCCAAUCUCUUUGUGAGAUGGCUACAUGCAUUGUCACAGGCAUAGCUUUUAUGGGCAGCAUCCUUACUACUCUCGCACACACAUAG